AUGGCGGACGAAGUCGAGCGGCUUGCGACCGCGCCCUUCAGGGAGAUCAUCGAGAAGGGCAGGACGGCGAUUGAAAAUGCGCCGCACGCUGACGAGGAGACGUCGCCGCUUAUGGUCAAGGUGGCGCAGAGUCUAGUGAGGGAGGGCGAGCGGGCGCUGAAGCGAAUCGAGCCGCUCUGCACGAAGAACUACGAGGACUACGGCGUUAACUUUGUCGAUGCGAUGAAAGAGAAUGAUGAAAUCGCGCAGUACCGAUCCGAGCUGGAGAACCUCCUGUGGGACUUUGACGAGUAUGUCGAGCCGGGCGAAUUCGACCCCGCCAAGUUCGAGGAGUUGCAGAAGGCCUCGAGGUGGGCAGCACCCAAGAUCGUGGAUAUACUCAAGCGGAUGAAAUUGGUAGCUCCCGCGCCGACGUCCGCCCAGUCCUCGAGAGCGGCGUCCACCGCGGCUGACCGCAGCAGCAACUCGCACCACGAGCAGAACCAGAACCAAACAAGUAUUAUCGUCGACCCUCCGGCACCUAGCCCGACGGAGAAGCUGAUGGCGGAGACAGAGCAGCUAAGCAAGAUGAUGGGAGCCCUGGCUGGUCCCGACGAAGGCCUGGAGGCGAACCUACCCCCGCUGUCUACGAGCGACCAAGAUCGAGCCCGCUCCCGCCACUCCGACGUGUCUAAUAUGACUUCGGAACUCCCACCGAGACCACCCUCUACCGACCCGUGGCAGCUCGGCGCCGUCCCGCCCGUCAGUCCCGUGGACCAUCCCGGAGAAGCAGACCGGUGGGAGCGCCGUCCCCUGGUGCCGAGCGACUCCCCAACGAUCCCUCAAGUACAACCGGCCAGUCCUUUCGGCAUGCCGGUGCACCCGCUGCGUAUCCGCUCGAGGGCCGACGACCCUCCCCAUCAGGUUCAGAGGGACGACGAUGACCGGCAGAUGCGCGCGGCUUCGCGAAGCCUCGGGACGGCUAGUGAUGGAUCUCGGUCUCCCGGGAAGAGCAAUCGUUGGACUAACUCUACGCAGGGUUCCAUCCCGAGGUCGUACCCCGGCUUCGCCUCUGCGAGCCGAUCUCCUCCUAGUAACGAGGGUAUCGGGUGGUCGGGGCCGAUUCACGACCCGUCGACCAGCCGGUCGCCCUCGGAUACGUCGUCCGUGAUCGGACACACGCCCUCUAUUCCUGAGAACACUGCUGUCGUCAGUCCGCCGCCCCAGACUAGCCUCCCUAGUAUCCCCAACUUCCCGCCGAGGCAGACCUCUCUAGCGAAGCAGGCCAGCAUCCGCCAUUCGUCCCGCCACCCGUCGACGGAAUCGAUCAACAGCUCCGUCUUCGACGUGGUCGAUUGCAUGAGUGCCACGAGCCCCAUCAACCCCACCGCGAAGAGGAAUUCGCUGCCGUUCGCGGAGCCGACGAGUCCGGUACCCCAGCAAGCGCCCGAGUACUCUGUGCAUCUACCCCCGUAUCCCCGCCCCGGGACGGAGACCAACAGGUCUUCGGGCGCUGCCACGUUCACCAACUAUUCCACCUCUACGCUUACCGCCCGCCUCGCGUCGCCGACCCCUCACUUUCACCAAGCCGUCGACGAGGGCCUAAUCCCGGUCGACACGGAGCACCCGAUGCCGGAGGAGCCGGCGCCGGCGCCGGCGCGGGAACCGGACUGCACGAUCAGCCCCUCCAGCUCUUUCUACAAGCUGAAGGGCUUCUGCCGGGGCGCUGAAGAAGUCAUGCAGGGCCGCCUCGGCUUCAAGAAGAUCAAGAGGCCCGUCGGCGGGUUUUCUAUGGCUGUCGUAGCAAAAUGCAACCAUUGCCUGUUCGAGAUCGACUUCAAGCAGGUAGAACAGGAUCUGCAUAACGACUCUUCCGGCAGCUUCACCUCCAACACCAUCGGGUUCCGGCUGCGGAUCCUCCAGAAGAGCCACCUGCAGAUCCGGCACGUGGAGGAGCAGCUCUACGGGUGCCUGUUCUGCAUCCAAGAGGGGCGGACGACGGAGGAGAGCGACGCGACCGUGUUCUUCAACCAGAGCCAGCUGUUCGCGCACAUGGCACGGCACCCGCGACCGCUGCCGCGGGUGCCCGGGAUCACGGUGGUCGAGACGGCCGAGAUCCCGCCGGCGUUCCAGGACAACUUCGACCUGCACUUCGGGCAGCAGCCGGCGCCGUCGGUGAUGGCCGGGCUCGCGCGCGAGCUGGCGCGGCUGCCGGCCGGGGUGGCGACGGAGACGCGCAAGAUCCAGAACGGCGUGCUGCGGUCGCCGCCGGGCCGCGACACAGCGCUGCACUUCGCCGUCGGCGCGCGCAUCGUCGGUAUCGAGUUCCCGGCCAAGUACGACGGCAAGUGGGGCAUCGGCUGGCACGACGGCGUCCGCGCCGCCUUCGAGGCCGACUCCGUCCUCGUCGACCCGCCCCCCAAGCUCGAGAUCAAGAUGCAGGGCACGAGCAACACCCAGGCCGUCGCCCGCUGGAAGUGGAGCCUGAAGGGCGACGAGAAGUGGCUCAAGUUCGACAAGGGGGACGUCAUCAAGAACAUCGGCUGGGCGUACCGCGAGCACUGGUGCUGGUCCGGCACGACGUCGAAGGGGUGGGGUAUCUUCCCGCAGUCGCACCUGGACCCGAAUUCGAUCCGCACGGUGCAGCCGGGCGACGGCGCGAGCGUCUCAAGCGCCGAGAAGAAGGGCCCGCUGUGGUUCCCGCUCUCGUCCCUCCGCAAGAACGCCGACCGCAGGCUCGCCCCCUUCGCCGCCGUCGCCCCCGCCGACCCAUCCCCCGUCCCGAGCCGAGCCGGCGUCUACUAA